UGAAAAAAGACGCGAGUGAUUAUUAUGAGUGCGGCAAAGGAUUUUUAUUCCGAAUUUAAUGGAAUAUCUGCAAAAUGCACAUUGUGCUUAAAGACAAUUAAAAGUAGUGGGAACUCAUCGAACUUACUUUCCCAUUUAAAAAACAAGCACCAGGAUGCCUUUUUAAAAUGCUCAAAAAAAACCACCAAAGGUGAAGGUGACGAACAAGACCAACCGAGCAUUCAAGGAGCAUUUUUGGGUGCAGCAAAUAAAAACUCAAAAGACCGAAAAAUUACGGAAUCUUUGAUCAAAAUGAUAUGCAAAGACAAUAUGCCCGUCAGAUGCGUUGAAAAAGAGGGGAUGCAGAACUUUGUUAAAACGUGCGUUCCCAAUUACAAAUUACCAAGUCGAUGGAAGUCUCAUACAAGCGAAUAUAUUACUACACUGUUGGAUGGGUUGGGUGCAUUAAGCAUACAUGAAAGCUUUUUGGAUCUGCACAACAAGACUAUAGAGCUCCGAGACUCUGUAGUAAAAAGUUCAGAGAGAAAGGAAAUGCAGCUUUUUUUUAACAUGCCAUUUUGUACUUGGGAGACAAACCCUAUAGAAUUUUGGAUCUCACAAACGUCAGCUAUGCCCAUGCUAGCGAAGGUGGCAUUAAGUUGCCUGAUCACGCCUGGUAGUUCGGUAUCAUCGGAACGGUUUGCUUCUGCCAUAAAAUGCGUUGUGUGUGACUCCCGUAGUCGUAUGACAGACCAGCAUGUAACAGAAAGAGUUUAUCUUAAAUCAUUAAAAACUGAUUUGUUCUAA